CUUAGUGUACUCAGUUCGUCCAGGUUGACCCAGGUUAUGCCGGCCAGCGCCACAAACGGGGUGGGUUCCGUUCAGCUGGACAGGUGGAUGGGUUGAUAGGUGGCCAGUGGCCAUAUCUGCCCAGUGAAAUCUAUUGGGCAAGCCGGCGGUGUAUGCCCCAUAAUUGCCGCUCGGGAGCUUGUGGGUCUGGCAUUUUUUUAUCGCCCGCGGGCCAUGUAAUUGUCGUAUUAUUAUUAGCAAAUUUCAUUUGCAUUCAUUCACAUUUCGGAUGUGCAACGCAACAUUCGCACGGUUCGGCUAUCCUCCGGCAUUGAAUUGGAUUCGAUUGGAUUGGAUUUCGUCGCGACAUCGAGGAGCCCCACGCACGAAACUCGAUAUCAGCUCGAAAUCCUGCGGCGGAGGGUCAGCCACAAAUGGAGAUUUAUUUGUUUGUUGAUUAGCUCGGUUCCUGUUUACAAAUGGAUCUAAAUUAUGAUGGGCCGCGGUAUCGGGAAAUUUGAUUCACUUUGAAGCACAUGAAAGUGAAAGAGUAAGCGAGCACGGCAAGAAAUUUUCUGGUCUUAGGUUUCAUAUUAAGUUCUAUAAAGCUUAGCCAAUUUCAAAUUUUAAUUUUAUAUUUACACAAUAUUUGUAUCUCAAUUUUAAUAUUUUUUCAUAUAAUAUAUAUAUUUAUUUUUUUAUUUAAACUGCGUUAAACUUUUUUGUUUAACCAUUCUGCCCACCCCAUGCCUACUAAUGUUACUCCUCAAUUUUCUAUUUACAGUGAACAAGUUUUGUCGAAAGUCAAUUAAAGCCACCAACUUCGCGCAAUCGGAAAGUCCAAAGCAGCCAUCCUAAACCGCAGGCAAACAAUAACUACGCUUUCGUAUACAAUUUUCAAUUAUAUUAAAGGAAAGGGAAAGGUGCUUGCUGGCAGUUCUCAGCACGACAUGGUCGUGUCCGAAUCAGAAUCCGAGUUGCUGUCCGAGUCCGAGCCUCAACCUAUGAGUGAGCGCCAGGCUAUCGACGGAAAUCUAGAAAACCUACUCAGUACUCGUGCUGAUGAAGAGGAAACUGAAAGCAAAGUUAAUAAUCCAGAAGAUACCAACAAAGAAGAAGUCGAUAGUUCGGAUAAUGCAGAACCCAAGGAUCUAAAGCAUAAGCACGAAGAUUUGAACAGUCCAGCAAAGGACGAUACAACCCGACCUCUUGUCCUCGAACAAAGGCACUCGCUAUCCAUUGCUGAAACAAAGAAGCGCAGAGAGAUUGCUUUCUCCAACGAACUGCUUUUCAUACCCAAAGAACUCGCGCGCAGCGAACUUCAGCAGCGCACAAGGACACUGACUAAAUACGCCAAGAAUCGGGAGUACCAUCUCCGAAUGCUGAAAUUUCCGGUGGGUUCGGGUCGUCCUCGCUACGUGGCUAAGAAAAUGAAGGAGGCAUGUUAUCCGAGAUCCAAAGAAGCCGACAUUGAUUCCGAAACUAUGGACAUUAAGCAGGAAGAAAGCAUUGAUGAGCCACCCGAAGUGUCCCAAAGUCCAAGGGAGUUACCCCUUAGCAUGCCCGAUCUGGAAACAGAAAUCGGGGAGCAGAGUCAACUAUGCGAUAAUGAUGAAAUGAACAUUAAGCUGUACGACUUUGUGAAGAAGGAAGCCGAGUCUGACUCGGAAUCGGAAAAGAUAAGCCGCAAAAUCCUGCAGAGCCAGCGUGAAAGUGUGAUAAGAACUAGCAACUCCAAACGCCAGCACUAUCCCUACUUUUCCUGGCACAAUCCAGAUUCGAAAGGGGAGCCGGAAACCGAAGUGGGCUGCUGUGACGUGGAGUGCCUGACGAUAGUGAAGGAGGAAUUGGACGAGGAGGUGGACGAGGAAAUGGAAGAGGAGCUGGUGGUGAAGGAGGAGGAGGAGGAGGAGGAAGUGCCACAUACCCAGGAAUUAGUGAGUCCUGAACAGGUUGAACCACCACCAGAAGAGGAGCCUGAGUCACCUGAGCAACCACAGGCCAUCGGCUUCUUUUACUCUUCCACACAGAACCAGUUAAUCCACGAGCCUGCUGAAGUUCCAGUGCAAGACCUGGCUCCCGUGAGAUCGGAAUCCCCUGAAGAUUUCGGACAAACGGCACUGCGUCAGCAGCUAAUUCACCACAUUGUGCAACCGAAUGUGUGCAACGAGGAUGCGUAUCACCCAUCCAUCACUUGCAACAAUAACGCCGCCGAUCGAAUGAAUCAAAAUCUCGGGCCACAUCCGACUAUUGAGGCUUCUGUCGCCCACGAGGCAUCCUUCCAAUGGAAUCCCCAAAACGCUGAUAACUACACCAAUCAAAAUCAGCUAUUCCACAAGCAGCAGCUGCACAUCCAGAAUCAACCUGCAUACCUGCAACAUCAAUUCAAGCUGCCGGCCAGUCAGCAGCAACACGAAGCGAUUUUCCAGCAACAGCAGCAAGCAGGCAAGGAAAAUCUGCAGCAGUUGAGAGUCUUGUAUCAGCGGAUCAAGAACCGUGAGAGGAAUCAACUGCAUCACCUGAGCAAGUCCAUGAAGAAGGUCUUGGAUGAGCGUCUGAUCUGCGAGCGACAGCAUGCGGAGGAGAAGCGAUUGUUCCAGCUCAAAAUGGAGCAGUUCAAGAAAGUGGAGGAGAAACUCAAGCUGGACAGGGAGCAAAUGCAGCGCCAAUUGAGAUCCGAUAUGAAAACUCUCGAGCUGAGGAUGGCUGACCAGCAGCGCCAGCUGGAGGAGAAGUCUCUGGCCUGGUCCUGGCACCAGCAGCAGCAACUCCAACAGGGGCAACUCCCACAGCAGCAGCAGCAUUUGCAGCGGCAACAUUUGCUGAUACAACAGCAACCAGAAGCACAACCGCAGCAGCAGCAGCAGCAACAGCAGCAGCAACAGCACUUUGUGCAUCAAGAUGCCCAUAUGAGCCCGGAGACCUACAUAAUGCAGCAACAGGCCUUCCUGUACGAUCCAUCCUACAUAUACUCAACUGCCUACCAGGAAUCAGUGGCGUAUCAACAGCGCAUCCAAGCCUACCAUGAGCAGCAGAACUACCAAGCACCGGAGUCGCAUACCACGGCAGUUGAGCUGCCGCGAAGAUUUCUCCUUCCGCCACCUCCAUUUUGCCAAUCCAGCAGCAGGACCUGCACCGAGGUUAGUCCCUCUGUCCCUAAAGUUAGGCGUUGUCGCACAAGGAUUUCCGAGCUGGGAUCGGAUCCGUAUCAUCGCCAAAUGAGGACUCCCUUGCCGCCAGCCUCGCUGAUCUUGCCCGGCCACCGGAAUCCGCAAUCCCAACCCCUCGAGCCCAGAAACGACCACUUCGGAAUAACCUCGGUCAUGUCCAACUACGUGGCUAGCUUUAUGAACAUGCAGGCUGAUCGAUAAUUACUUUUAAUAACAAUUCUUUGUUUAACGAAUAUUACUUGUGAUAUAAGUCCAAGCUGCUCUAGAAACUGUGAGAGAAUUCAUUUUAUGUAACACUAAGCUUUUUUUUGUGUAUCAUAAAAUAUUUAUAAAUAGGUUUUAAAUAUUACAAGCUAAUAAACGAAAAAAAAAAAACACCCUUAAA